GUGGAAUUUGUGGAAAACAGUGGAAAAACCGCCAGCAAAGCAGCCACAGACGGCGGGUAAAUUCUCGCACUCCAGAGCGCGUUGUCUCAGCAGUUUCGCAGCUGGACCCAAGGUUUCCCGCUGAUGGCAACAAUGCUCCCGAUUUCGACGAUGCCGUGCUGAGACGAAACGAUGGAAUAUGGAGGACGGUGGAACGGACCCCGAGAACAACAAUAGUAGCCACUGUGGAAUGUUAGGAAUCAGCAUGCCAUGCGAAGGAGCCGGUCAUGAUUUCAGUACCGUCCGGAAGGAGCUGGAGUACGCGAACGCGAUCGCGGCACACUACGGCGCGCCGGAGAAGACCGAUCGCGUCAUUAGCUAUAAGAUAGAGAAUAGAAGACGAAGUGAGCAUUGUAGCCGCUCGAACAGCCCAUUCCUGAACCCAGCGACCACCGACCUGGACGUCCGGUGCAGUAGUAGCAACAGCAAACCGACGGGUCUUCUCCGAACGGCCGUUCAGGACAAAAUGUCACCACUCUCAAUGGCCACCGGACCGAGUUCCACCUCGACAACGGCUGCUGCAGCUGCUGCAGCUGUGGCCGCCGCUCAGGUGCACCUCAAUGGAACUAUGCAAGACAUGCUGAACCUGCAGAAGCUCCAAAGUUUGGCGCAGUUGACAGGUGCGAGUGUACUUGGUCCCAAUGCAUUAGGUCUACCGACAUCGCCCUUACUUGGCAACUCACCGCUCAAUCUGAGCCUCUCGGGGCAGAACCACGGUCCGCAGGUGUUGGGGAUGAGUCCGGCUGCUCCCAUUGCCGCUGCUGCCGCGCCUCAGAUGCCCCAACUAUUGCUUGCAUCGGGUCAGAUCAUGCAAGGUAUCCAGGGUGCUCAGCUCCUAAUUCCGACCUCCCAAGGAAUUGCCACGCAGACGAUCCUCACCAUUCCGGUAGGUCAACAGGUGAUCUCGAGCAUGAGUAGUGAGGCGCUGUUACAAUCGUUGAACUUCAACAACUCGCUGAGCGAUUCGUUGAGUUCACAGGCGGCUCAGGCAGCAGCUGCCGCCGCAGCAGCCGCUGCUGCCAGUGGAGGUCUAUUCGUGACGCCACGUGACGCGCCAGGAACCUCGGCAGGAAGUGGGUUGUUGUCCACGCAACUGCUCGCUUCAGCCAGUGGCCAUCCGCAACAGCACUCCCCUAAAGGAGCCCUACACUACGCCAACCACCAUCAUCACCAUCACCACCACCACGUGGAGGCGAAGCUGGCUCGACCUCCGUCGGCCUCCGUAGGUUCUGGUUGUCUCGAUGCCCAUCGACAACCUGGCCACUCACUGUCGGCCUCUGCAACGUCCGCCUCCAGCCUCGGGCAGGUGUCUGGAGGUCGAAUGACUCCCGACUCACACCGUGUUAAGCUGCAAUCCUGCGAGUCACCCAAGCAGAUGCUUCCUCUGGCGACAUCCUCACCUCCGGUGUCCACACUCAGCAGACCUGCCAGCUACGCCUCAUGCUCGUCCUCGCCGUACGAGAAAGCCAUUCCACUGAAGCGGACCCUUUCGCCACCCGCUACUAUGAGCUCGUGUACCACCACCAGCAGUAGCGGGCUCUCCAGCAAUGGGCACCUACAGGUGAACGUCCACAACGUCCUCAGUGCGGCGAGUCCACGAUCCCCGUCCGAGAGCGUCGUCAACAGGCUUAGCCACGCGAGUGGUGUUGACUCGAUCACGUCCAAGUGUAAACCCUCGCCAGGAGGCUCUUCAGGUGUGGGGAUGUCCUUGACCAAGGACCAGCAACAGCAACAGGUCGGAAACCUGGCGUCCGGAUCGCCCCUACACCUUCAUCAUUCCUCCUCGGGCCCAUCCGCGCCAGGAUCAACGGGUAGACCCGGGUCCUGCGAACUGGAGUUGAUAGAACAACACCAGCAGCAUCGGGCCGGGACGUCCUCGGAUGAACUGGAGCACGAGAAACCCUCCACCGUCGGUGGUAGUGGAGUCCUUCCACUGUCCAAGCGAUCUCUAAUGGGUCCUUCGAGCACGCCACCACCCAAACUGGGUUCUCCGACCGGUUCAGUGGGCAGGUUGUCGCACAGUGAUGAUGAUGACGACGAUGACGCUUCGAACCACGAGUUUCUGGAAGAGCAUCCAAAUGAGUUAACAAUCAAUCAAACUAAUUGCAACGUGGUGGACGGUAUCGAUCUGGACGACAUCAAGGAGUUCGCCAAGGCGUUCAAACUGCGGCGGUUGUCGCUUGGGCUCACACAAACCCAGGUCGGCCAGGCGCUGUCCGUCACCGAAGGGCCUGCCUACAGCCAGAGUGCCAUCUGCAGUGCCCUCGCCGCCCAGAUGUAUUGUGCAGCGCAACUUUCAUCGCAGCAGCAGCAAAUGUUCGAAAAGUUAGACAUUACUCCCAAAAGUGCACAAAAAAUCAAACCCGUGCUCGAACGCUGGAUGAAGGAGGCCGAAGAAAGUCAUUCGUCUAGGUACAAAUCGGGCCAAAACCACGUGCCAGACUUUAUCGGCGUCGAACCGUCGAAGAAGCGAAAACGAAGGACCUCCUUCACGCCGCAAGCCCUCGAGCUGCUGAACGGUCAUUUCGAGCGCAACACGCACCCUUCUGGAACGGAAAUCACCGGCCUAGCUCACCAGCUCGGAUACGAGCGGGAAGUCAUACGCAUCUGGUUCUGCAACAAGCGCCAGGCGCUCAAGAACACCGUUCGGAUGAUGUCAAAAAGCUUCAAGAUGGAAAACACUUAAGCCACCAGCAGCCAAGGGAGCGCGCGAACCGUAGCCAUACGCAAGACAAGGUGCCAUUCCGAUACUGAACAUGUACACACAUU